UCCAAACAAAAAAAACAGCAGCAGAGAAGAAAAAGCUCUGAGAAAAAGAAGAAUCGAGAGAGUGGAGGAGAUGGCUGAAGGUCCAAGGAGAGCAUUGCCUCCACCGGGAAGAGGCCCUCGAUUCGGCCCCGUUGAUCGCGAAAAGACUUGUCCCUUAUUGCUUCGAGUAUUCACGAAGACUGGAAGUCAUCAUACCAAUGCAGAUUUUGCAGUGAGAGGAAAGGAGCCCAAGGAUGAAGUUCAAAUUUAUACAUGGAAGGAUGCUACUCUCCGUGAGUUAACCGAUCUGGUCAAAGAGGUUGCUCCUGCAGCUAGAAGGAGGAAUGCAAGACUUUCUUUUGCUUUCGUAUAUCCUGAUAAACAUGGCCAUUUCGUAGUCAGAGAGGUGGGGAAGACAUUGUCUAAUGGAAAUGGAAAAUUAGACGAUGGCAAAGUUUUGGCUGAACUUGGCUUUCAGAUUGGAGAUUACUUGGAUGUGGCGAUUAUGUAGAGAAGCCUAGGCAAGCACGCUCUCGUAGGACAGGAGUCUAACCAUGGAUAUCAUCGAAGCCAAGGCAACCGAGCUCUUAACGCCAUGGUCUCGCUACCGAGAGGCCAUGAAGAUUCCAUGGUAGCAAGUAUUUGAUUCGAUAUGUAUUUCUUUGGAAAUUCAUCCGCUUAGAUUUUAUGUAAGAACUUUUUUGUUUAAUGUAAAUGGAUAUGAGAUGAGGAAGAAGAUUUUAACACUAGAGUGGAGUGGAAUGGAGGCCUGCACUGCAUUGUGCUAUGACCAUAACUGCGUUGAUUUU